AUGGAAGGCUCAGAAAAUCCAAAUGAAGACCUGGGGCUUGUGGGGAUGGGACUUCGCGUCUCUGUGUCCCCUGCACAAAAUGCCUUUUACAUCAUCCUGGUGAUGCUGGGAAUCCUGGGUAAUGCCACCGUGGUUGUGGUGAUCGGUAAGAGUGUGAUUAUGGACCACGGCGGAGGACGAAACUCGGACAUCAUCAUCAUUAACAUGGCGCUGUCUAACCUGAUGGUGUCUUUGAUGAGGAACACGCUGCUUGUUAUCUCAGACAUGGGACUCGAGCUGUACUCAUCCAAAGAGUGGUGUCAGUUCCUGAUGGGUGUCUGGGUGUGGCUGCGAUCGGUCAACGUGUGGUCAACGCUCUAUCUCAGUGCGUUCCAUUUCCAGACUUUGAGGCGCGUGGCUCCCAACAGCGGGAACCUUCACGGGCCCCGGAGUCCUCCUACCACCCUGCUGCUGAGUAUGGCCCUCAUCUGGCUCCUCAACUUUAUCUACUCCAUUCCUGCUCAUAUAUUUUCCACGAACGGGAAUGUGAACACAACAGAGACACUGAUGCUGGUGAGCAGCACAACGCGCCCCCUGCUGGGCUGCGUGUGGGACUUUCCCUCCACCUACAGUGGCCUGGCCUAUGCCACCACCUCUAUAGUGAUCCAUGAGACCCUUCCCAUAAUCCUGAUGGCUAUCACCAACAUGGGCUCCCUCUACACCCUCUACACCCAUGGCAGGAUGCGCAGCUCAGUGCAGGACGGUCCGGUCAUCAAACGAGUGCCAGCUGAGAGGCGAGCGGCCAAGGUGAUUCUCGCUCUCAUUAUGCUCUUCAUUGCUUCUUGGGGAACCAGCAUUAUCUCCGUCAACUAUUUCAACUACAACCAGGGCUCUUCGGCUAAUUUCCUCCUGAUCAUUGCUCGUUUUGCCAACAUUAUCUUCAUCGCCAUGUCACCUGCUAUUCUGGCAGUCGGCCACAGGAGACUGCGGUCUACCGUCAAGUCCUUGCUCUCGCACUGACAGAGCUGCCGGCUGGCAGGUCACUCUGCUGCAGCA